AUGAACACUGAGAUGACUCGGGAGUACACACUGGGACACAGCAAUAUAGUUCACAUAGGUGGUAGAAAGUCUCGACUUGCGGUUGUCCAAAGUGAGCAUGUGAAGGCUGCUAUUGAAAAGGCUUUACCAGAAAUGCAGUGUGACAUUUUAGCCUUGAGUACUUUAGGUGAUAAGAUUCAAAAUAAACCUUUGUAUUCUUUUGGUGGGAAAGCCUUAUGGACCAAGGAGUUGGAAAUACUAUUACAACCUCAUGAUUUUCCAGAAUAUCCUCAACUUGAUUUGAUUGUACAUUCAUUAAAGGACAUGCCCACAAAUUUACCUGAAGAAUUUGAGUUAGGAUGCAUUACUGAAAGAGAAGAUCCUCGUGAUGCCUUAGUUAUGGCUAAGGGAAGUCCAUAUCGUACUUUGGCUGACUUACCUGUAGGUGCAACUGUGGGAACGUCAUCUGUUAGAAGAUCGGCUCAAUUAAUUAAAAACUAUCCUCACUUGAAAUUUGAAAGUGUUAGAGGAAAUCUUAAUACCCGGUUAGCUAAGCUUGAUGAUCCGGAAUCUGUAUUUAGUUGUUUAAUUUUGGCUGCUGCCGGAUUAAUUCGUAUUGGUUUAGGAGGAAGAAUCACAUCGCUGUUAGAUUGUCCUGAAAUGUAUUAUGCUGUGGGUCAAGGAGCCUUGGGAGUAGAAAUAAAACGUGGUGAUACGAGAAUAAAACAGAUUAUGCGUCAAAUUGAACACCUUCCUACCACAUAUUGUUGUUUGGCAGAGAGAGCAUUGAUGAGAUAUUUAGAAGGUGGAUGUUCAGUACCAAUAGGAGUUAAAAGUGAUUAUAAUGAACAAACUAAAAUGUUAUCUUUGAAAGGGAUAAUUGUUUCUCCUGAUGGUCAACAAUGGAUCGAAGAUGUGGUUGAAGGAGUUAUAAUCACUGAAAAGUCAGAUGCUGAAAAGGUUGGUAUACAAUUGGGUGAUUUAUUGAUUGCUAAGGGUGCAAAAGAGAUAUUACAAGCCAUUGAUUUUGAAAGAAUUAAUAGACCUCCAAUCUCAGCUAUACCCACGCCUACACCAUCCAGAGCAGAGUUCAGACCAUUUGAACUUCAUCAACUGCAAACUGUUGAACAAUAA